GUAGCCACGAGGAAGCCGACCAGAUCUAUCAGCGAUCAGCAUUCCCAGCAAGCGCGCUCAUCCCUCGCGUCCUCUGUUGUGCUCGUCGUUCCUUCUGGACCUCCAGAAGAGCUUUGUUGUGCCCCGAAUGCAUCCAGAAUCCGAUGACCAAUUUCCGAUCUCUACGCCCAAGAGGCAGAGGACUACGGCCACCAAUGGCACCGUGAAUGGGCACACCAACGGUGAACGUGAACGAACCCCUGAAGCUACCACCACCCCUACGAAACGAGUGAAAUCAACACCUCAAAAAUCCACGACCGAUAACACCCCAGCCGCUCUUAAAGCUUCGGGGUUGAAGACCCCAACACAGAAGGCCAAAGCGAAGAAUCUAUUCUCAACGCCCACAAAAAAGCCAACUGUUGCAACUCCGUCGAAAGCCCGUGCCGACCGGUCCGCUAAGAAGAAGAGCGCUCGUCUUCUCCUCGAACAGGAUGACGAAGACAUUUGGGACGGCGCUGACCGUCUUGCGGAGGAGAUCCUACAAGAUGAUACCAACGAAGCCCCCAGCAAGGCGUCGGCGACAGGGAAAGGUCUAUUAGAAUCCAUCGAGGAGGAAUCUACUCAACCCGCCGCAAAUGGUGCGACAGAAGGAGCACCCACACCCAAGCGUCGUGCAGGUCGACCAAAAGGCGCAAAGAAUAAGCGUUCUCCCACCCCGGAAGGAGAACUCCCAGCUCACGAGCGAUACUUUUUCCAAAACCGCGCUGGACCACCCCGUACAUCGAACAACAAUUUAGGCAAAGUAAACCUCUUAACGCACGAGGAGUACUUCGAACGAAUGUCACAAUACGCAGACCCAUACAAACAAGAGAAGUCCUUUCUUCUUGACCUCCACUGCCGGUCCUUCCCCCAGUGGGACUUCGAAUUCGACCAAGGCUUCAAUAUCUGCCUGUACGGCUACGGCUCCAAGCGCCGCCUCCUCCAAGAAUUCGCAGACUGGCUCUACCACCGUCACCACAGCAGUUCCGCCUCAAGCUCCGUAGUCAUCGUGAAUGGACACACGCCCAACAUGUCCAUCCGUUCCAUCUUCGCCACGAUCGUCACCGCCGUCCUGGGUGCCGAUAUUCCUUCCAAAAUGGGCUCUCAGCCCCAAGAAGUCCUCGAAUUGCUUCAGUCCGUCCUCAAGUCCCGAUCAUCCCAGAAACCAAUCACCGUUCUCAUCAACUCCAUCGAUGCGCCUGCCCUCCGGAGAGCGGCGAACCAAGCCCUCCUUGCCCGUUUAGCUGCUACGCCGAAAAUCCAUCUUCUCGCGACGGCGGAUACCCCGAAUCUGUUGCUGAUGUGGGAUCUUAGCCUGCGUGACCAGUUCAACUUCGUCUUUCAUGACUGUACGACCUUCGCGCCGUUUGAUACCGAGUUUGAUGUCGUUGAGGAGGUCAGCACUCUGCUGGGAAGAAAGGGCCGCCGGGUCGGUGGUAAGGAGGGUGUUGAGUUCGUGUUGAAGAGUCUUCCUGAGAACGCGAGGAAUCUGUAUCGGUUACUUCUCACGGAGCUGCUAUCCAUGGCGGAUGAGGGACAUAUGUCGGAUGAUGACAUGGAUGGUGGGGGUAAUGGAGGGGAUGGCAGCAACGGUCGAGGAGAGGAAACGGGCAUUGAGUUCCGGACGCUGUAUCAGAAAGCAGCGGAGGAGUUUAUUGCCUCAUCAGAGAUGAUGUUCCGGACAUUGUUGAAGGAGUUCCAUGAUCAUCAGAUGAUUACUUCGCGGAUGGAUACGAGUGGGAUGGAGAUCCUGGGAGUCCCAUUGGCGCGUGACGAGAUGGAGGGUGUUUUGGAAGAUCUGGUAUUGAGUUGAUUGCUGACUGACAGAAAGAUAGGUUGAUAGAUAGUAUAGUAUAAGAUAGGCUAGUAUAGCGCCUUGCACGGCAUGGCAUAAAUCCAUGAUACCCUGUAUAACACGGAAUACUUAUUGCAGCAAUUGGAGCGUAGUAAGCCCGGUGUUUCUUCAUUCGCUAGACAAGAUACAUAGAUUCUUCGAGAUGCGAUACCACCAAAUCACAUUGAUACCGCAUAUUUCAACAUAGUCU